GUCUGUCCGUCUGUCUGUGUGUCUGGUUGGAGAUGCUCGCACACCGGUGCCGGCUGCAGGCGUGCAGGCAGCGGCAGGAAGGACGCGGACUGAGCCGUUUGCUGCCGUUUUGUCAUGUUUAAAAAGCGGAUUCAUCCUCAGACUGUGUGACUGAAAUCAACCGCGAAGAUGCUGACAGACAUGAUUGUGGAGCAAGAAUUUGAGAUCAAGGAGGAGGAACCGUGGUACGACAAGCAAGACCUUGAGCAUGACCUGCAGCUUGCAGCCGAGCUCGGAAAGUCUCUCCUGGAGCGAAACAGGGAGCUGGAGCAAGGCCUGCAGCAGAUGUACUCCACCAACCAGGAGCAGCUGCAGGAGAUCGAGUACCUGACGAAGCAGGUGGACCUCCUCAGGCAGGUCAACGACCAGCACGCUAAAGUGUACGAGCAGCUGGACGUGUCGGCCCGAGAGCUGGAGCACAGCAACCACAAACUGGUUCAGGACAACAGGACGGCCCAGCAGAAGAUCCAGGGGCUGAUAGAGACGGUGGAGCUGCUGCAGACGCAGGUGGAGGAGCUGCAACAUCAGGUGGAGCAGAUGAAGCUGAGUCCCUCUCAGCCUCCGAAGCCUCCGCACAGACAGAAGUGGCCGCCUCGCAGCACGCAGAGUGUGUCCUGCCUGAAAGAGCUGCAAAACACACUCAGGUACGACUAUGACGAACACUCAGACUGCCUCGAGUCCUCGGACGUGUCGUGGCACGAGGAGGAGCAGGCGUCGCUACGACAAUCCCUCCGCAACCUCCAGACUCAGUUCGCCAGUGAGCGCGCUCGUAGGGAGGAGUCUGAGCGAGAGGCGGAGCUGCUCGCCAGGGAAAAUGCAGCGCUGGAGCAGCAGCUGGCAGGGAUGGAGGGCUGUAAGGCCAGAGUGGCAGAGCUGGAGCGCGAGGCCGAGGAGCUUCGUCAGCUCUGGAAAUCAGAUUCCUCCGUGCGAUGUACCAGGCCGGACGUCAUCCACAGCCUGCUGCGCAACUCCAUGUUCCUCAACCCGGAGGAGGAGACCGAAGGGGCCGCAGAGAAAAGCCCCUGGGUCCCGAAACACUGGGACAGCGAGCGGCCGAUGAAGGGGACGCAGAUGCCCGAUUCUCCCGACAGGAUCUACGACCACGAGUGCUCCUGCGUGCGCCGAGCCGAGGUGGUGAAGUAUCGCGGGAUCUCGCUGCUGAACGAGGUCGACGCCCAGUACAGUGCCUUGCAGGUGAAGUACGACGAGCUGCUGCGGCGCUGCCACCUGGGGCAGCAGGAGGAGGAGCAGGAUGGGCCGACUCAUCAGUCGGUCCAGACCGUGUCCCUCGCCGCUGCCGCUUAUCCCGCAAUCACAGACAUGGAGGACUUUGAGGACGACUUUCACCAGCCGGAGUAUAAGGAACUUUUUCGAGAAAUUUUCUCACGCAUUCGGAAAACCAAAGAGGACCUGAUUGAGAACAGAGGGAGACUCUCAGCUGGUGACGCUCUGCAACAGUAGCUCCAAAAAAACAAAAACAAUGCUGCAAUAUUAUUAAUGUCUUCCGGUUAAAGAGCGACUCUUUGGAAAGACUCGCAGCGGCACGUCAAGCUAUUUAACUUAACACUUUAUUGUGCGUUCUUUGCCCAGAAAUGGUGAUCGCCACGCAAAGGGGUGAAGAGACGAGCGUGACGCAGGGACGAGAAGGCCAAACUCCACCAGCUCAUGUGUCAGAUGUGGCUCAUUUUGCACAGAAACACCAGUGCCUGACGCUGCCGUCUCUACUGUGCAAUCACUCUACCUCACUUUGCACAAACAAGCUCCUGAAGAAAUCAUUUCUGGGUCUUCCUUUUUCGUUAACACUUUAAUUUAUGGGUCCUAUAGUUUCCUAAAAAUACUUUUUUUUUUUCUAAGAAAGGUUCCUGAAAAAGAUGUUAAAAUGUAGUUUGGUGCUAAUUCACAAAAUUGAGUCGUCUGACUCGCAAGAUGUAGACUGUGUGUAUAAAAGUCAUUGGCCGCCAAUCCUUCUCCCCUUUCGCUAUCUGCGUGUUACCGUAAAACUAUCUCAUAGCUCGAUCUCCACACUUUUUAAUCUCCGAGCUAGCGCGCUAAAAUGUCUUGCCUUGCUUGUUGAGAGGAGAAAUUUCAGUUCUUUAACCUCACCACUAGAUGCCUCUAAAUCAAACACACUGGACCUUUAAAAAAUGUCAUAAAUUAUUAAUAAUCUAAAUUGUUGCUGUUUUAUUUUGUGUUGAUCAGCUAAUCAACUGACUAACCAAAUGUCCCAGAUUAAGCAGGUUUUCCUAGAAACUUAUCAGGAAGUUAUGGAUCCAUAAUUUAAAGUCUUCUCUGUAACGUAUGCUGUAUCUGCUGUUUGAUUUGUUUACUGAGCUCUGGUGAUCCCAUGUAAAAUUUCUAAUUUAUUUUUUUUUCUCAGCAGUUGGUGAUAGUUUUGCCUGCGCCUAUAAGAGCGACUGAUGCAAGUUGUUACAUUGGUGAAGGACUUUAUAUUAUUGGUGAUUCAAGGUGCUCAAAUAUAUAAGGAUUUUUUUGUAAUUGUAACAUUUCUUUCUAAAAAAAAAUGAGACUUGAUUAUUGUACGAUAGGUUAGAUGACUGUGAGUGAAUGUUAUAUUAAAGGGAAGUUCUGAGGUUUACCAAAAGACUAACUCGAUGUACUUGAUAAUGUAACGGCCUCCUGAUAUAUUCAAAUAUCAUGUUUGAUUAGAAGCUUUUCUCAGCAGCUUUUCUGUUGUUUUCGCUGCCUGAUGUUCGUGUUUCCUCGUUAAGCUUAAGACUGCACACAGUUUGUAGAUGUCUGUAAAAUCACGUUGAGAUGCACUUUAGAAAAUGCACAUUAUCAAUUCUCUUCUGACACUUUACACAUGUAGCUAUUAUCAAGUGUCCUGAAUAAUCUGCAGUAUGUCUGUAUGUGUUUUUACCUGUUUCAUGAUGAUUGGACCUCGUGGUUUAAGUCUGAGCCAUAAAACAUGAAGCAAGCCGA